CACAUUUUUCUUCCUCUCCUUUCGAAUCCAAAGUCUUGACUCUUUUGUAAGAAAAGAAUCGUCAAAAAUCAAAGCUUUUGGCCUUUGUACCCCAAACAGCUGUGCCUCACUUUUACUCUCCACCUUCUUUUGUAGUUUCAGACUAUCUAAGAAAAACCAAACUCUGCCUCAUCACAACUUCAGCUACCAGUGUGUUUUCUGAAACAAAACAAAGUGUUUGAAAUUCACAAACAACAACAAAAACAACAAAGUUGAAAACAAUAUAUGCAAUUUACAAAAGUCAUUAAAGAGAAAGGCACAGCAUCGGUUCCAGUUCUUUUUGCCUUGGCUCUUUUCUCUUGGCCUCUUCUCCCCCCCCUCUCGAUUCCCUCCAAUUCAUCCAUGCUGUAAAUACAAGUUCAUUUUUCAAGGCUUUAAAUAUUGUUCAACAUGCAACUCAUUUUCUAGUAGAAAUUUCACAGCAAUGAAAAUUAAAAUACCUCAAAAACCCAAAAAUAAAAAUCUCUCUUGUUUGUCUUUUAAGUCUGCCUCUGUGUCUCUUUCCCAAAUACAAACACAAUCUUUUUUCUUUUCCCUCUGAAGUCAAAUCCCUUCAACUUUACGUUACACCUAUAGCAGUAUAACCAUUUCUCCUAUAUAUUAACCCAUUAUUAUUUUACCUUUGCCUCUCAACUCCUCAACGCUAUCUCCUUCUUCUUCUUCACUAUCUCUUUUUUAACUUCAACGAUGGUGGAAAACCACAGCCGUGAAGACCACGAGACAGGCGGUGAGAACAAGGAAAAAAGACCCAAGUUCUUUAUCAACGACCACGUAGACAUCCUCAUAGAAAUCCUCGAACGCCUCGACGGCCGUUCCCUCUGCGUCGCCGCCAGCGUCUGCCGUCUCUGGUGCACCAUUGCUCGCAAUGACUCCCUCUGGGAAAACCUCUGCUUCAGCCACGUGUCUCCUCCACCUUCCAGCGUCCGUUCCGUGGUUCUUGCCCUGGGCGGCUACAAACGCCUCUACACGGGUUGCGUUAGACCGGUGCGGAGUCGGCUGGGAAGAGUGAGAAGAGCCUCCUGGGCUGGCGACGAGGUCCAGCUCUCGUUGUCUUUGUUUUGCGUUGAUUAUUACGAAAGGCUUGGUGGAAGUAAUAGCAACGGGAGGCUCGUCGAGAAAUCGUCACCAUCGUCGCUAAUGUUCCUUUGCAAGCCAGUUAACGUUUGAUUUUUCAUCGCCUUAUCUUAUUUUUAUUUUGAAUUUAUUAUACCUCGAAACCGAAAUGAUCAUAAAAUUCUUUAUAGCUUUGUUUUUUGGGGGGUUAUAACUAUGUAUGAGAUUUGUCAGUAAUGAAAAUUAAUAAUCCAGUUUUGUU